AUGGGUAUCAAUCACAUCACUGCCGUUGCAUCGGCCUUACUCACUCUCCAGCUCCACACCAGUGUAGCUGACGUUGUAUCCUUCGAUUGGCGCAUAACAAAUAUAUACACCGAAUACGACGGUGUCUACAUUAACUCCCUCGGAAUUAAUGACUUCACUGCUGACCAAGCUCUAAUUGAUGUAGAGUUGGGCCAGGAAGUUGAGGUUCGUGUCACAAACGAACUUGCUGAUCCGACAUGUCUGCAUUGGCACGGGCUGAAGCAACUUGGCACUCAAGAAAUGGAUGGAACAUCCGAGAUUACCCAAUGCCACAUUCCUCCCAAUGCAACGACAAUCUAUCACUUCAUCCCGGACAAAGCGGGUUCAUUUUGGUGGCACAGCCACCACUUGGCACAAUAUGCGUUUGGAUUGCGAGGUCCUAUGGUUGUUCGCCCUCCUGCAAACCAAAUGAAGGACUGGGAAAGGGAAAUUGACGGCGAGUACAUCAUUCAAUUGGCAGAUAUGUACCAUCGACGUCCAGUUGCUAUACCGAUCUAUAACUCCAUCCUGAUCAACAACCGAGGUCGAUACAACUGCACGGCUGCAGCUAAACAGAAUUUUACAGACUGUACAGAUGUUCAACCUCUUCCAAAAUUCCACUUUGAGCCGGGAAAGAAGUACCUUUUGCGCCUCAUAAGCAUGGUCGCUCUGGCCCCGAUCGAGUUCAGCAUUGACGAGCACGAAUUCCGAGUCGUUGCUGCGGACUCUGACUACCUCAAGCCAUCAGAAAGUAUAAAUUCAAUCUUCAUCAACGCCGGUCAGCGCUAUGAUAUCAUUGUUGAAGCAAAAUCUAAUGUUGAACAAGAGACCAUCAAGAGCUCAUACUGGAUGCGAGCGAAAGGCCUUCAUGGUUCUAUUUGGACAGCAGGAACCGCUGAAAUGGCUGCACAGCCGUUGUUUACACCGUCCGACGAAGAGCUCAAGCCUAUCACGAAGAGAAAUGCAACAAAGAUUUUCGUGCGAGCUCCCUCUGCCAAUGUCGACGAGAAAUUACUCGAAUCACGAGGUGGCGAAACAGGACUCGCAGCAGGCAAAGAAAGCUAUGAGAUGCUUUUAGAGAUGAUACGCACAAAGUUCUCGAAAUACAGUCAGCACUUCGUACGGGAUGGUAAAAUGGGGAUUCCGUCAUCUUCAACUGCUUUGCACGAUCAAACUUUGUCGCAGAAACAAUACAAUGACGGGUUGGCGUUUUUAAUAGAACACAAUGAAAACUUGGAGCACGCACAAGUCAUUGAUCAAGAUGAAGUAUUGAAAUGUCUCGAGACUUUCGACAUUACUCGUUUGGUGAAGUUGGUGAUCGAACACAAAUAA